AUGGCUGAAUCUACUACUAUACUUUUUGUCCCUGGCGCCUGGCACAAUCCUGAUUCCUUCGAUCCAGUGAUUGAGCGUCUGGAGACUGCCAAAUACAAGACCAACAAGGUGCAUCUGCCCUCAGUGAACCCGCCAACACACUUUCUAGAUUUUGACGAGGAUGUUGCACACAUUCGCAAGCAAAUCGAACAGGAAGUGAGCGCAGGACAGAGUGUGGUCGUCGUCGUUCACUCGUACGGCGCGCUACCCGCAAACGAGGCAAUUCAAGGACUGGACAUCCAGACGCGCCAAAAACAGGGCCUGACAGGUGGCGUCGCUCAUCUGUUUUUCUGCUGCUCUUUUGUCAUCCCAGAAGGACAGUCUCUUAUCAGUGCUUUUGGUGGCAGUGAUCUUCCUUGGUUCAGGGUGGCAGAGGACAGACUAGAGGUCAAUCCUGCGAACCCAGACGAAGUCUUCUACAAUGACUGCAGUCCUGCUCAGAUUGAGACCGCAGUCGCUGCUCUCAGACCUCAUAGCUACAAGUGCUUUCACAGCCCUUGCACCUAUGCCGCCUGGAAGGAGGUGCCAAGUACUUAUCUGUAUUGUCUGCAGGACGCGGCAAUUCCUCUGGCAGUACAGAAGAUGAUGGUUGAAGUGACGGCGAAGGGGUAUGGCAUGAACACGGAGACGGUGGAUGCGUCUCACAGUCCAUUCAUAAGCCAGCCCGAUGGGUUGACGGCGGCAAUUCGCCGCGCAGCUGGGGAAACCAUUUGA